AAAAAGCUUCACGACUUUCACGAGACAAAACAACCAGAGAAAGAAAACAAAAAGCCCAGAGGGAGGAGAGAGAGAGAGGGAGAGGGAGAGAGAGAGAGGCUUUCAUUCGAAAUCACUCGCCUCGGCUCCCCAUUCACCUCGCCAACCAUCGCCGCUGCACACCGCACAGGUCGAGAUCAGGGCGGCCGAGCCGGCCCCCAUUCUGUUCCCUCGUCCGCCGAGCAGGACCAUAUAAGAGAUUGCUGAUGGCCUCAGCUGCUUAUAUUGAUGAUUCCUGUUCUGAGGUCAUUGAUCCUCCAAAGACCGAGGUACUGGAUGCUACUGAACUCGUUGGUGACCAUAUUCAGCAUUCACCAAAACCGAAUGUGGUGGUAUCUAGCAGCGUACGUGAACUUCUGGAAUGUCCAGUCUGCUUGAGUGCCAUGUAUCCUCCUAUUCAUCAGUGCUCUAAUGGUCAUACAUUGUGCUCUGGAUGCAAACCAAGGGUUCAUAAUCGCUGUCCAACUUGUAGGCAUGAACUGGGUAACAUAAGAUGCCUUGCUCUUGAGAAGGUGGCUGCAUCUCUUGACCUUCCAUGCAAGUACCAGAACUUUGGGUGCUUAGGCAUUUAUCCUUACUACAGCAAGCUGAAGCAUGAGUCGCAGUGUCAAUAUAGGCCUUAUAGCUGUCCAUAUGCCGGAUCUGAAUGCACAGUUGCUGGUGACAUUCCACACUUGGUAAAUCACUUGAAAGAUGAUCACAAAGUUGACAUGCACAACGGCUGCACCUUCAACCAUCGUUAUGUCAAGCCAAACCCUCAUGAAGUUGAGAAUGCCACCUGGAUGCUUACGGUGUUCAGCUGCUUUGGCCAGUACUUCUGCUUACAUUUCGAAGCAUUUCAGUUGGGCAUGGCACCUGUCUACAUCGCCUUCCUGAGGUUCAUGGGAGAUGACGCGGAAGCCAAGAACUACAGCUACAGCCUGGAGGUAGGAGGCACUGGGCGCAAGAUGAUCUGGCAGGGGGUGCCUCGGAGCAUCAGAGACAGCCACCGGAAGGUCCGAGACAGCUACGAUGGGCUAAUCAUCCAGCGGAACAUGGCCUUGUUCUUCUCGGGUGGUGACAGGAAGGAGCUCAAACUGCGGGUCACUGGGAGAAUUUGGAAGGAACAGUAACAUGAUCCGCUAACCCACCCUUUUCGUUGCUUUCCUGAGCUCAUGAAUCACAUUGCAAGAACUGUAGCGAUAUGAUUAUGAAACCGAUUUGUAGUAUUUUUAGCCUGUGUUAGCUAGCUGUCAUCUUCUGCUAGAUUGUUAUCUGUGGAUGUCUCCCAUGUAAACCAGAGUGGUACUGAUGUAGAAUUCCUGGCGAUCUCCUCUUUGCUUGAACUGCUUCAGAAUCGCCAUUCUGUGGUACAGGGAAAUCUAAUGGCGACUCAUGAGAUGUGAAUGAUGUAGCUUUCGUCUGCACAA